AUGCCUGCGGACUCCCUCCGCGAACGCCUCCGCAGUCGGAAUGCCGACUCUUCCCUGCUCAACACUUCACUGAAUUCCAACCGGUCGGCGUUCGAAGACAAAAUGUCGCCAGUGUGCAAAUCGAGAUACGCGAAUGACAAUCAGAGACUGGAGAAGCUGAGGUUCGUGUUGAAAACAACAGAGUCCCAAUAAUCAUUUCGAAUUCCAGGAUAGAAAACCUGGAAAUGAGAAUCAAGUUCCACCUCGGUCUUUUGCUGAUAUUUACUGUCGAUGUCAGUCUAUUUCUCGUUAUUCUUCUAUUAGUUUCCUUUUUCAGCAUUUUGUGCUUGGUUCUCCGCUCACUUCGAUUCUUCUUCUCUUCGGAUUUUUCUCUUCUUCCGUCAACUCCCUCGUUUCCUCAUUCAUUGUUCUUUAUUGCGCAAUCAUGACAAUUUGCUUUAUCUUUGAAACGAAGUUUCCCAACUUCAUGAGCCGUACGUCGUGAUUCUUGUUCCAACCAAUCCACUGAAAACUUUCAGGCGUGUUCCAGUACAAAUCGACCACAAAAGCCUGUGCAGUGCCCGAUCCAGCCUCUCCAUCUACCUCCAGCCAGAAUGUCCUCGACACAAGUGCUCAGAGCUCCGAUCUUUCCUGGGUGGAUGCCCAUAAAUUCGGCACUCCAUCCUUCAGAUCAGCUCAAGGAAAAACUUCCCCAACUCACAGAAGUUCUCCAAUUUUCUCCCACAUUCUGACAAACACCUCAGUCACCGACACGUCUGGAAUUCUGGAGGAGGCGGGCGGAUGGAAAAGCCCCGCAGCUUACACCAAAUCGACAGAGAGUAUUCACACGAGAAAACAGCUCGAAGUUCUUCUCAAGUCGAACAGAAAGGACGAGCCGAUCGAUAUGAAUGCAUCGCAGUCGUACCUGUCUUCCAUCUGGAGUGUUUUCGAUACCGGACGUCGUGGAAUGAAUGUGGAGAACAAGAGCUAUCAGCUUUCCGAGGAACUGACGGAAGAGUCAAAUCCCAAUUCAGGUGGGUAGAAAAGUGAUAGAAAAGACAUAAAAUGUGUGUUUGCAGCUUACCGAAUGAAAGUUGGCAAGAACGGAAGGACGGAAGUGAAAAUGUUGAGAAGGGGAAAAGACGGAGAAACGGAAGAGGAGGACGAGGACGAAUUGGUCCGUCUGCACAAGAUUAUGAAUGCUGCGAAGAAUGCUCCGGAAGGAAAGGUAAUGGUGAUUUCCUGGCUUCACGUGAAGUGUGUGUGUCUUCCCUUUUCAGGCUGGAAUUCUGAAACGUUCCAAUUCAGUCGACCGUGCUGGAAUCCGUAGUCGCCGCCGAUCUCACGGAUCACCGGAGAAAACGACGGGAAGCGAGAGCGAGAUCAGAUAUCGAACGGGCGAGCUGCUGUCGGAAGAACAGCAGAAGAGAGCCGAGUUCUUCGUCCGUUCCUGGCUCCGCAACACCGUAAUCCUCCCGUUGACCAAUCACAUCGAUGAAGUAAAUAAGAUUCUGGAGAAGGAGCACGCGAAUCCGCCGCUCCGCAUCGGCACCUCCUCAGUGGAUGCCCUCAAACUGGCGGCCAUCGAACGGGACGUUCUCAAGUCCUCCAAUCUGCCGUUCCUUCUUCCGUUCCUCAGUGUGCACUCUAAUCAGGCGUACCUCGUCAGCCGCGUCAAAGAACUCAGCGCUUCCGAGUUCAUGGACGUCUACAAAUGGAAUUCUGGCGGGUCGGAGCCGACGGAGGACAAUCGGGGCACGAGUCGUUUGACCCGUCGCGAGUGGAACGACUCUCUUCCGACGGACGCCCUCCUCGUCUUCGAACUCUUCCUCGUUUACAUGGAUGCUCAGCUCAAUUCAAACUGUCUCGUCGGAGAAAUGCGGUAUUUUCCCGCUCCGGAAUCCACCCCCAACAGUAUAUUUUCAGUCUCGAUCAGCCGUUCACCAGUCGUUUCUGUGUCAAGAAUCCCCGUAAGCCGUCAAGUGCUCAAAGAGCUCCCCUCAGUUUCUACCUUCAUUUGGUAAUUCUGCUUUCUCGUCUCCAAUUGAAUAUUGUCCCGUUCCAGGUCUCCCAGACACCUGCUCAAAUCGAAUUCGUGCGCGUCGACGAGAACGGCUCGCCCGUGAAGUGCAAUGUGCUCCGUCAGAGUCCGAAUCUCUUCCGUUCAAUUGCUCAGUUCGUCCACUACGUCAAACAAGAGAACCACGGAUAUCUCGAUCAGACGUCCAUCGGCCCGGCCGGCAUCAAUAUGACCUGCAUUUUCGCCUAA